AUGGAUGGAUAUCAUGGAAAUGCGACCAUAUUUAAGCUACGAGUCGCGUUAUACAAAGAAUUCCUGCAAGUUGACCUCUACGAUGAGAAGGGGGAGGACGCCCUGAAGAAGCCCUUCUCGCAGACGCUGAUCAACGCUUCCGUUGAGCAUCAACUAAAUGUGAAGCUGAACAACAAGAUGGGAAAUCUUGUAUAUCGAGUCGAUUCGAGGGGUGAAGUCAGCAGCGAGAUCUCGACCAAGAUUCCGAUGGAGGGAGCCAAAAUCAGAUUGGUGCUUGGGGCUCAAGACUCUCCUUCAAUCACCGGAUGCUUCGAAGUUGUCGCGAUAUCAACGGAAAAUGGCGAGAAACAGGAAUUGCGGAAAGUAACGGAAAAAGACGUAUCGGAGUGUGGAGCUGAAGGGAAUUGUGCGACUAUGGACUGUGGACACGGCAAUUGCCUGCAGCUCGAAGUGCCGACAUGUGAUUGCUACGGGACGGAGAAAUCGGGGCCGAACUGUAGGGACGUCUUCGUAGAUGCCGAAAACGACAAGGGUGUAUGGUACGUCCCCCUCAAGGAAGACCGACACCCAAAAAGGAUCUCCAUGCAGUUCAGGACUGCAACAAACAACGACCAACAGAGCGUGGUGCUGUCAGCGAAUAUAUCGCAGCCGGCGCCCCUUCGUGUAUUUAUCAAUGCCCAGGAGGGAACAUUUUUGUUGCUCGCACUGCCGCCAAUUCACUUUCAACUGGAUCAGGGGCUACAGGUUCAUAAACUACUGCUGACGAUGGACUACGAGACGAAACGGUUUGAGCUUUUUAUCGACGAUGAAUCUGUCGUGAUGGUUGGGUGGAAAGAAGGGGAAAUGGUCGAGUAUACGCAAAUCGUCUUCGGUCAAUCCGCGCAUAAAGAUGGAGAACGAGAUCUCGGGUUCACCGGCUGUUUGCAUGGAGUCUACGUCGACCAUAUGGAUAUUUUGGAGAAGCUCCACUUUUUGGACCCGAGGGUGGCAAGCGACAAACAAUUAGCCUCCUGUGAAUCGAAGGGGCCGUUUUUGCAAAACUUGGAGAGCGUCGCAAAGGUAGCAAACAUGGAGGUGCGCAAAACCACGGAGGCAUUUGUCGAGUACAAGGAAAAACCGGCGAGUGCUGAUGUGUUCCCGGUUCCGGCCAAGGAGAGGAAACUGCCAAAACUUUCUGAAUGCGAGAAGGCUGAUGAGACGCAGUGCAGACAUGGGGCAAAAUGUGUGAAGGACAAGGGAGUGCCGCGUUGUCAAUGCACUAAUGAUUACACCGGGGAAUUUUGCCAAUUUUCCGUUCUCCCUCGUACUUGCGCCGAGGCGGCAAAACUCGGCCUCCCGAAGGGCGCGACGAAACUCGACCUGGACGGCAGUGGUCCAUUGGAGCGUGUCGUUGCUGAUUGUGAGAAUGGAAAAACGACCGUAAUCCACGAUAUGCCAGAGUUGACGUCUAUCCGGGACAGCGCCUUCCAAACACACUCGCUUUUUGUGUUAUCCUACAGGGACUUCUCCGGUCAAAAACUCUCCGCCCUAAUCGGCCAAUCCGAAAAAUGCGAACAACGUGCCCGCUAUGAAUGCAAUGGAGCUCCAUUCAAUUUUGCCCAAAAUCACACGUGGUUCUAUGCAGCGGCAGAUGCAAACAAAACUAUUCAACACUUCGGCGCGACGAAUGAUUUCCAGUGCGCCUGUGCGGCUAGCGGAAGUUGUAUUGGAUCUGGCGCGUGCAAUUGCGAUUCCCCGCAGCCGACCGCUGAUGAGGGUGUCUUCACCAAUAAGAAUGCCGGUAUCACCAAAGUUAUUGCGCUACACCGUCGCUUCGACAUCGACGGCCGCCUAUCUCUCUCGCCACUCACCUGCCAGGGAUACGCCGGUGCAACUGCCGUUCGUCUCCAGAAGACGGGCUCGAUCCCAACGGCCAAAUGGGAUGGAUCGCAUCUCUCAUUCCAGUUCAGGACUGCUGACGAAAGUGCCCUGCUGGCCAGUAUUCAAGCAGAACCGAGGAAUCGAGCUGAGAUUAAGCUGGAAAAUGGCCGAUUCUUGACAUUCAUGUGGAAAGAUGGCGCCCGAGAAGUCUCAGUCAUUGUCGAGACCCAACAUCGGUUGAAUGACACGAAAUGGCACUUGGUACGCGUCGAGGCGGCGUAUGGCCAGCUGAUGCUUCACCUCGAUGGUCAACACUCGAUCGUCAGCCUUGGAGAUGGGCAGUUGCCACGAUCGAGACUGUGGAUCGGAGCCGAGCACGGUACCGAAAACGGUCUCCUUGGCUGCAUCCGGUCCGUUGCUGUCAACAACGUGUACGUCGAUUUGGAGGAGUACUUCAAAGAAGCAUCAGAUGUGUCGAUGGGUUGUGAGGAGAAGUGCACCCCGGGAUUGUGCCACAACGAAGCGAAAUGUAUCGAGGAUUUCGGGACCCAGACUGCCAAAUGCAUCUGCAAAUAUCCGCACAUACAUCUCGGUGCUAAUUGUGAAUUGGACCUGAAUGAACGCUCUGACGUAUCGUUCCACGGCGGCUUCUUGCGAUAUGACGCCCGUGAAUGGAAUCCGCUCACCGAACAGAUUGUCGUCUCGGCGCGCACCGACCAACCGCACGGCUUGAUCCUAUUCGCCCACGACCACAACCACAACUUUUUGCAGGUCCACAUCUCCGAGGAGGUCAACGUGACGCUGACGCUCAACAAUCGCGAUAAUGUAUUUGCCUGCAGCGUGACGGCUCGCCCUCGCUCUGAGUUCAGCGACAUGGAGUGGAUCCAGAUUGUCGUCACGCACCACGAUUCCGGCAGCAUCCUGAGCGUUGGCGAAGAUUUGUGUUCGAUUUCGGCCGAGCGGGCCCUGGCGACCGAGAGGAUGGACAGCUAUCACUACACAAGACCUGGAAUCGACUUUGUCACAGUGCCAAUCGGUCUGCAAUCUCCCACGAAACCCGAGCCGCUGCUCCAUCUGUUCGUCGGCGGUGUCGAGCGGGAUACGCAUUCGCAGAAAGACGAGAAAAGGUUAACGCCAGUAUACCAAUCAGAGAUCCCGGAUCUGCUUGGAUGCAUCAGAGGACUGCGGGUUGGGUCGAAUAUUGUUGAUAUGAGGGACACAAAGCUUGGCUAUCGCCCGAAAGAUGAUAACCUAGUUCGCCCGCACUGCUCAUUCGGCUGUGAUCAGCUACAAUGCGAACACGGCGGCCACUGCGCGUACGCGUGGCGAAACUACGAUCCAUCCUACGUACGGACGACGUGCGACUGCUCGCGCACCAGCUAUCGUGGAGCAACUUGUGCUUUGGACGACGGUCUUCGAUUUGACGGAAAUUCGGUGUUGGAGUUCCAAGUGGGCGAGAUUUUGAAAUCUGUGAUUCUGGACGAGGACCCGAAAUAUUCGCAGUUAUUGAAGUUUGCCUUCUCCGCCCGUGUCAGCAUGCACCCAUCCAAACAGCACUUGGCAACAAUUCGUUUCAAAGAUCCGUCUAUGCGUUUCGAACUGAUCCUGAACCGAAACGGCACCAUCAAUGCAGGCGCCGUAUUCGCCAAGGAGAUACAGGUGAUCACGUUCGCCGGCAAUUUCACCGACGGCUUCCGGCAUUUUGUUGUCGUGCAAUUCUCGAAAAAACACGCAACAGCUGUUGUGAUCGACUCGUUGAGACGGGAUUUCGAUGUCGUCGCCAAGGGGGAUAACCUCGAUUUGUACACGGCCGAGAGAAUUGAGAUCGGCGGCCAACCCGAAGAAGUCUUCGUCCCCAACAACCGCGCCAAGCGCCAACUCGAAAACCCGAGUCGAUUGUCGACGAAUUAUGAGGGCUGUAUUAGCAACCUACUCGUGGAUUACCAGCGAUCCCAGCUGACGUUUGAACCGUUCGGGUAUCUAGGGAAUUCGGCGCAUCCACAUUCAUCUAGGGUCCGAAUGCUGCCGAAUACGGCCGAGCGGGUAAAAUGCGCCGAUUUUUACGAGGCUAACGCCUUGCCGAGCUACCAGAAUACGGUAGAAUUCCCGAAUUGGUCGACAAACUUCGCGCGCAGAACCUACAACGAUCACGCUCCUCUCGAUCAAGAGGAUGGCGAUGGCGAUGCCACAAAUUGGUGGUUGAUUGGGCUAUUGCUGAGCCUGCUCCUCAUCACCCUCCUCACUGUCGGGCUGUGCUGCUACUGCGCGUGCAAGGAUCCGAAGCCAGAGCCGAAAGAAAAACCGGAAGAGCAUGUUCCGUUGCGUCCGCAAGACUUCGGAAACCAUACCCCGCCACCGAAACCCCUAGUUGAACAACGCCCCCACAACAAAUACGAAGUGCCCGAGCCGGACACGGUGCUUGAUACCAAGGAGCGGGCUUCGUGGGCUGGAUCCGUAGAUGAUGACUUCGAGGGGACGCUGACGGAAGGAAUGGAUGAGGAUGCCGACUUGCCCACACCCACGGCCCCGAUGUCGCUUCCGCCUUUCCGAGGACCUCUAAACGGGGCAUCCGCACAAUUGAGAUCUCCACAUUUUUCCGCGCCGAGCCCGCCUCCAAGGAGUCCGCUGUCACCGACAUCCCUAGGCAAACUU